CGCCGCCGCCGCCUCCUCCGCCUCCUGCUCCUCACCAGCGCUAAAGCCGGGACCGGACCGAGCGGAGUUGUGCGUGUUGCGAAGAGGGGUGGGCCGGGGGAGGGGGGGUUCGUUCCGCGGCGCGGCAACCAGAACCGGGACCAGGAAUCACCUACUGGUUAAACCAGGCCAAUCUGGUUAAACUUUGGGAGGAACACAUCCUUUUUGUUCUUUGGCAUGGAUAAAUGUUCAGUAGGAGGAUUAGACUCUACUGGACAGACUCCUGUUUUAUUGGGGAAUGCAGCCAUGGCAGCUAGACGCAUAGACAUAGGAAAUUCUUUUGGUAACCCAACUAGUCCUUUAGGUAAUACAUCUAAAAACUCAGCAGUGGAAGAAGAGGAUGAUGAUGUUGUAUUUAUUGAAUCUAUACAACCUCCUUCAACUUCUGCCCCAGCAAUAAUUGAUCAAAGAAAUCUUCUAUUUGCUUCCUCAAGAAAUGAAAAUGUACAAGGAAAUUAUUCCAUAAUUCUUCCUUCCUCAAGAGAUUUAGCUUCUCAGAAGGGAAAUAUAAGUGAGACAAUUGUUAUUGAUGAUGAAGAGGACACAGAAACAAAUGAAGGGGAAAAGAAAAAUUGUCCCAGCUUCACUGAAUGGGGACUUCCUGGAACUAAAAAUAGAAUCAAAGAUUUGGAUUUCUCCACUUCCAGUCUUUCAAGAAGUAAGACCAAGACUGCAGUAGGACCUUUUAAUCCUGGUAGAAUCAGUAUGGCAGGAGAUGAAUUUCAGCAUGGAGGAUUUACAACUCAUCAUAGUCCUGAUUCUUGGAUCUCCCAGUCAGCAUCAUUUCCCCGUAAUCAGAAACAGCCAAGGGUGGAUUCUUUAUCACCAAUGGCCUCCCUUCCUAAACAGAUUUUCCAGCCUUCAGUCCAACAACAACUUAUUAAACCAGCUAAAAUCACCUGUGCAUACUGCAAAAAAACUUUACAGAAGGGACAGACAGCUUAUCAACGAAAAGGAUCAGCUUACCUUUUUUGUUCUACCACCUGCCUUUCUUCCUUCUCUCCUAUGCGUACUCCAAAGAAACGUAAUGUGAUAUGUAAAAAAGAUACAUCUACAAAAAAGGCUGCUAUUAUUCCUCAAGUGGAGUCAAGCGAACCCUUCCAAGAAUUUUAUAGUACAUCUUUGUCUCCCUAUGAAGUCAACCAGAACCUUAGAAAAAGAGUUAAUAAAUCAAGAUGUAUAAUCUGUAGUAAACUAACAGAGAUUCGCCAUGAAGUCAGCAUUAAUAAUGUAAUACAUAAACUGUGCAGUAACCAGUGCUUUAAUAAGUACAGAUUUGCCAAUGGUCUAGUAAUGAAUUGCUGUGAACAGUGUGGAGAGUACUUGCCCAGUAAAAGUGCUGGAAACAAUGUCCUGAUCAUUGAAGGUCCACAGAUGAGAUUUUGCUGCCAAGGCUGUGUUAAUGAAUAUAAACAGAUGAUGGAAACAAAAUCAAAAAAAUUGUCAACAUCAAAAAACAGAAAAAGGAAUGCUGUGAGAGAAGAAAAGGAAAGAAAAAUAUACGGACCAUUGAAUACGCUUUUAGAAAAAAUCAAGGGAAUACCAGAAAAAAAGAAAGAGAAUUCAGAACAGCAUGUUUCGGAAUGUAACACAGAUACAUCACUGAUCAAACAGAAUGUGAAUUUACCUUCUGUGUCAACCAUAGCUGAUAAAUUUCAAGAACAACUAGAAGAGAAGAAAUCAGAAGACUCCAUUGUAACAGUUGUGCUUUCUACAGAUCCAGGUACAUGGCCCCGAAUUUUGAAUAUUAAACAACGGGACAGUCUUGUUAAAAAUGAUCCACCUCAAGUAAGAAAUUUUAACUUUCCAAAAGACAGUACAGGGAGGAAGUUUUCAGAAACUUACUAUACACGAAUUCUUCCAAAUGGUGAAAAAACUACCAGAUCCUGGCUACUUUAUUCAACUUCAAAAGAUUCUGUAUUUUGUCUAUAUUGCAGACUCUUUGGGGAAGGAAAAAAUCAACUGAAGAAUGAGAAUGGGUGCAAAGAUUGGCAGCAUUUAUCACAUAUUCUUAGCAAACAUGAAGAAAGUGAAAUGCACAUCAACAAUAGUGUUAAGUAUUCAAAAUUAAAAUCUGAUUUGAAGAAAAAUAAAGCUGUUGAAACUGUAAAGCAGAAAUUACAUGAGAAUGAGAAAAAUGAUGGUAUACUCUUACUGUAUACAUAAUAUAUUCUAUUUGAUUUUUGACAUGACAGGGUCUUAUAUUUAUUCAGAAAAGAUCUGUACCCUAACACAACUGUUUGGAUUGUAAGGCUCCUAUGCAGAGUAACUUUCAGCAGUUCAUUAGCAAUAAUUAUAACAGCAAAGAGUAAAGAAUGUUUCUGUUACAAGUUCUAAAGGUAAUUGGAUUCCAUAGUGAUUAAUACAGAUUUCAAGGACUAACAUUUUGACAGGUUUGGUUAAUUUACACCUCUGAUUACUUUGAAAGAAAGGCUUAAAUUUAUCAAUACCAGUUUGAACAAGAUACUUGGGUGAAAAAACAUUCUCAUCAUUAUAAUUAAAAUAAAAGCAUUCAGAAACAGUUUAAGAACAGAAUAGGAUCUGAAACUGCAACUUUUGCUGUUAAACCAAAUACUUGUGAUUAUUUCUGGGGGGGGCAAAACAUUUAUUAACUGAGUGAAAAAAGAUCAUUUUUAAAUAAAGAUUAUUUUGCAUUUUAUUGGUCUUGUUUUGUUUUAUUAAAUUUGUAAAUAUUUCAGCUUUUGUUUUUAGGAGAACUAUAAGCAUAAAGAGUAUAUACCUAUUUUUAUGUUGGUACAAAUUUAAGAUAUGCAAAAAUAAAAAUAUACUAAGUUAA